CGGGGAAGUUGUCAGAGUGUGCGUUUGGUUUCAGGGAACGGUCAUAAAUGCAGUGUGUCUCCUGGCUCGGCUCUGCGUCUCCUUGCCCACAUGCACAGAUUGAGGUGUGUACCACCGAGUGUCGUCUGUCCGCUGGGAACCAGGAACGCGCUGCCUCUUCUUUGAGUGAUCGUGAAGCUCGUAUAGUCGCUCGAUCGAUACCUUUUUUCUGUAGAAGUGAUCCCGGAGGAUCAACCACAUAGGAGCUGAGAUAUGUCUCGGGAACCGGACGAUGUCAACAAGCUGACCGAGAGCACCUACAAGAAUGUGAUGGAACAGUUCAACCCCGGGCUCAGGAACCUGGUCACCCUAGGAAAGAACUAUGAGAAAACCGUCACAGCCAUGGCUCUUGCAGGGAAGAUCUACUUUGAUGCCGUCUCGAAGAUUGGAGAAAAUGCUACAAUAUCCCCCGUCUCCAGAGAACUCGGCCUGGUCCUCAUGGAGAUCGGAGAGACCCACAAGAUGGUUCAAAUGGAACUGGAGGAGAAUUUCAAGAGGUUCCACCGUGAGAUCAUCAUCGAGCUCGAGAAGAAGACGGAGAUGGAUGUCAAAUACAUGAAUGCAACCUUCAAGCGCUACCAGACAGAGCACAAGGUGAAGCAGGACUCUCUUGAGCGCUCCCAGACCGACCUGAAGAAGCUGAGGAGGAAGAGCCAGGGGAAAAGCUCCUCCAAGUACGACAUCAAAGAGAAUGAGUACCUGGAGACCAUAUCGUCGCGGCAGACGGACAUGCAGAAGUUCAUGGCCGAAGGCUGCAGGGAGGCGCUGCUGGAGGAGAAGAGGCGGUUCUGCUUCCUGGUGGACAAACACUGCAUGUUCUCCUACCACAUCAACACCUUCCACAACAAGGCCAAGGAGCUGCUGGAGGGGAAGAUCUCCGGCUGGCAGGAGAAGUGCAGUGAUGCCACCAAGGUGCCGGACACCAUCAUGACCCUGAUCGAGAGGCCGCCGACCCCCCUGGCCGGCACCCCGGGGUCCUCGCCGCGUGUGGAUCACUACAACCGCAGGAACGCUGAGUCCAUGGUUCCUCCCCCGGCCCCCCAACUCAAGGCCCAGAUCAGUCCUCUGGCUAACCUGUUCCACCAGGAGACCCAGCCCCCCGUCAUCUCCCACUCGGACCAGCGCUCAGACCAGGGCAGCCUGGGUGAGGACAACCUGUCCAGCACCGCGUCCCAGUCGUCUGACCUGGACGGGGGCAAGCGGUCGCGCGUGCGGACCAUCUUCCCCCACAAGGCGGGCAGCAACCCCACACUGCUCAGCUUCGACGAGGGCGACAUCAUCCUCCUACUGCUGCAGGAGGAGCGCGACGGCUGGCUGUACGGCGAGUUGGACGCCACCAAGCAACGGGGCUGGUUUCCCUCAUCUUACUGUCGACCGUAUACAGAGCAGGCCAAUACAAGCAGCGGUAGCAUGGAUACGCCCAUGCGCAGCUUCAGCCAGGUCAGCCUGCCGGAACAGGAAGAGGAGGAGCCUGUGCUGCUCCCGCCCCCAGACUACAGUGACCGCACCCCCUCCAGACCCAUGGGGGGCUCCACCCCCUCACCACACAGCACGGUUUCCAACGGAAUUGGAAAGACUCCUGCUUUUCUGCGUGCAGGGAAUCCUUUCGCCACCAUCAAGUUGCGGCCCACAGUCACGAAUGACAGAUCAGCACCGCACGUCUAACCAGCCACCAGUGCCAAAACACAUUUGAUCUUCACAAUCAGAGUUGCAUCCCAUCUCCACCAACUGUACUGUCCUGUCCUGCUAACCCGCUACCUAGUCUCGCUCAGAUGUACUCUGUUCCAUCACAACAUGUUAGCAAAGAGAGCCUUCUCCUUGUCUAUGUUAAUAUCGUCACAACAAUAAUGGAUUUUCAAAUUAAAAGUGUUGCCUCGUGAAGUUACACUUUUUCAAUUAAUUUCGACUUUGUGCAUCUAGCUGGCUAUGUGUAUUAAUAUAUAGUUGGGUCACUGAUAAUUUCGUUACCGACCAAUCGAUCAAUCAAUCAAUCAUUGGUAGAUUUCCUUGCCAAUGAUUGGAUAUAUAUGACGUCCAGGUGCAGUUGUGAAUAUGGCGACACCUAGUGGUUGGAACGGUCCUGAGACAGACUAGCAAGCAGGUUGCCUUCCUGACUAAGCAUCAAGUGUUUCUUCAUUUUCUCUUUAUUUAUUUUUAAACUUAGAUAGUUUGUUAGAGACAUUGUGUGAGGAUGAAGGGAGAGUGACAUAUGUUAUUGUAAAUGGGCUGCGUUUUACGAGUGCACCCUUCGAACAGGCUAUUUAUUUACAAGUUAAUCUUUCUGCACAGAAGUUCGUCGUGGAGCUGUUUUCAAAAAGUAACAUGGCACAUGACACUUUUGGGGCCACAUAGAUUUUUGAUUUGCCAUUGACUUCUAGAAUGUAUUUUAAAUGUGUACAUUUCAAUGGAAGGCAUAUUUUCCCUAUUUGUUUUUCUCGCUGAAUGUUGGGUCUACUUUGCUUCAAUUGUGAUCUAAAUCUUUUGAUUAACAGUGGACACCGCACCACAGAUAGGCCUAUACAGAUCUACCUGAACGAAAGAUGAACGAUGUUGUAUUUGUAUGCCAUGUUUCAAGUUAUUCUUUUACAAUAGAUAUACAUAGUACAACGAGGAAGGUAGAAGUUUUAAAAUGCAUUGUGUAGCAUAUGUAUGUAUGUAUGUAUGUAUGUAUGGAGCAAAUUAAGAAAAUAUAUUUUGUAUGGAAAACAAAUUAUUUGUGGUUGGAGGCAAUGAUAAAGCUGGGUACCUCACAGAAUAAGAGAUGUUUAAAACUGGAUUGAUUAUGAAAUAGUUAUUAUUAUGUUUGUUUUUUUCAAUGAGUAGUACUGCCUUGCCUCUGUGGUGGCUAUUGUAGUCUUUUUGUUUCUCAAUAAAACAACAUAAGAAAUA